AUUCAAGAUAAAAGUAAUUAGAACUAUCAAAUUACAACUGUUGUACUAAAAUAAAAACGAUUGAAAUACCAUUGUACGUAUAAAAGAUAAAGUUCGCGCCAGAUAUAUUCGAGCAAAUUCACAACCAUAUUGUAAUAUCUCAAGAGGGAUACGCAACAAUAUUUAAUUGAGAAUAUACUUUUCCAACUUCAUUUCAUGGUGAAUCUAAUCUAUGUUAUACAUAUAAUUUAUAUUUGCACGUUCGCGCGUAAAUUGUUUGAUUUGCAUUACACGUCUUUGAUAAUUGAUUGUUUAUUGAUGUAAAGUUUAAUAUUUUGUAAAAUUAUACCUGUUUCGUUAAUUCAAUGUGGUCGACAAAUUUGGAUAGCAGUAUAAAUCCUCAGGGUGGAUUUUUGGAUAAAUCGAAAAAUGAAAAUCAAGAAAAAGACAGCAAAAAACAAAAUAUUGUUCCUGCUAUGAUAGGAAAUUUGCUCUCUUUUGAUUCCAUUGAUGAGCCAAAAAUAUGGCAUCUCCCAGCACGUAUGUUUAUGAUUGUCGGAUUAGUGCGUAGUGUUGAAGAGACAGCAACAAAAGUAUCAUACAAUGUUGAAGAUGAAACAGGUACUAUCACUGCACUCAAAUGGUUAGAAGUGAAUAAGAAAGAAAUUACAAUACAAAUGAAUACAUAUGUUCGCAUAGUUGGUUUGCUUAGAGAGCAAAAUGAUAAGCGACAUAUUUUAAUCUUACGAAUGUCACUACUACAAACCUUGAAUGAAUUAACAAAUCAUAUUCUUGAAGUUACUUACGUUACAUUGCAAGCUAAAUUAAUGGCGCAAAAACAUGAAACAGUUGAUGAAGGAAGAAACGUUGAAAAUUAUUCACCAAAUGAAUCUUCUGCUGCUGGAAUGUCAAAAGGACAACAUUUAGUUUAUAAACUUAUUCAAGCACAAAAUGAUACUGAAUCUGGCAUUGAAAGAACAGAAAUUAAAAAUACAGUACCAGAAUUUCUUUUACAACAUGUAGAUGAUAUCUUGGAAUUUUUAGUCUCCGAAGUCCACUUACUGUUCUGCUAUUCAACAACAUGCAGCCAGUGAAAACAAAGUAAUAGAAGUAGUAAAUUUAGAUCCAGCAGCAGAAUAUUUUGAUUAUAACCCCUUAGUUGAUAUAAGAGAAUUAGUACAGUUAGAUGAUGUUAUGGAAGAUGAUGAAUUGCGAUUUGGACCGAAUGGUGGGCUUAUAUUCUGUAUGGAGUAUAUAAUAGAAAACUCAUCGUGGUUAGAAGAAAAAUUAGGCGAUGUGGAUGACGAUUAUAUUAUCUUCGAUUGUCCAGGACAAAUUGAAUUAUAUACACAUAUGACAAGCGUUCGUCAAUUAAUAACUAUGUUACAAAAUCUCAAUUUUCGUAUAUGUGGAGUAUUUUUGAUUGAUAGUCAAUUUAUGAUUGAUGGAUCAAAGUUUUUAUCAGGUACAAUGGCUGCACUUAGUGUGAUGAUCAAUUUAGAAUUACCACAUAUUAAUAUUCUUAGCAAAAUGGAUUUAUUAUCAAAAAGUGCAAAAAAGCAACUAGAUAAAUAUUUAGAGCCUGAUCCAUACAGUUUAUUAGCAGACAUGGAAAAAGAUCCUUGGAAUGAAAAAUACAGAAACCUUUCUGAAGCAAUAGGAAGGCUUAUAGAGGACUAUAGUUUAGUGCGUUUUUAUCCAUUAAAUAUAAAAGACGAAGAAAAUAUGGCAGAUAUUAAACUGACGAUAGACAAUAUCAUUCAGUAUGGAGAAGAUGCUGAUGUUAAGAUUAGAGAUUUUGAUGAACCUACUGAAGAUGAUGAUAAAGAUAUAAAUUAUGAUAUAAAUACAUAA